UCCCCGAGCGUUGAGUUCAGUCUUAUAAAGAGCAGCAGCAUCCGAUUUCCUGACAGACCGGGAAAACCAACCGUCACGCGCGCCAAGCCAAGUUCAAAACUAUUUUACCAACUUUUUUUUUUCACACACGGAGUGCUAAAGUUUUUUUUUGUGUUCCAAGUGCAAUACGGCGGAAGUGUGUCUGACCAGCAGCUGGAGUUACAGCGCACUGGACAGCAGGAUAUUAGGAUAUCAGGAUAACAGGAUAACCUACCCAUAGAUUCCCAAGACAAGAUGACCAGCUCAAGGAACAUGCUGCUGAUGCUGCUCCUGGUGGCCAGUGCCUCCAUACUUCCCUUGGAGGCCAAGACCGUGUUCCGGCGCACAGACAAGAUAUCGGAGAACUUCAAGCAGUUGGAUCUGCCGCCCGAGGAGAUCGAUCCCAAUGUGGCGCCCCCGGAAUCGGAGCCACCCAAGGUGGAGGACGUGGCGAAUGAGGUGGUCGAUGCCGUAACGCCUGCUUCGCCCAUCGACGAGAGUGCCAAUGAGAUUGCCAGCGGUGAUGUGGAGACCCCGAACGCUGUGGCUUCCGCUGCAGAAGCUGCCGCCCCAGCCGCCGCCGUUUCCGAGGUCGCAGAGGCAGCUGCUCCGGCGGUGGCCACCACUCUGGCGGCCAAGCCCACCAGUGCCCCCACCACCGCCAAGCCGGAGAAUCCCAUCAGCAAGUACUGCAAGUGCUCGGAGAGCCACUGCGACUGCUGCCGAAAGUUCGGAUUGCCACUGCUGCCCAGCGGACCUGGCUGCGCCAAGAUAGCCUAUGUGGGCAACGACGAGAUGAGCGUGUCUCUCAAGUACGGAGACAUCACCUUGGCCUCCCGCCGCAUCUCCAGCAAGCGGGCUCGCCCCAUUUGCGUGGGCCUCCCCGGCGGCUACUCCAAGUUCUGCGGCAAGGUCUAUGGUCUGUCCCGCUCCAAGGAGUCCAAGGACUUCAAGGCCUGUCUGGCCUUUGAACUGCGCGCCGACGACGAGGUGGAGGCCUCCCUGCGCGUCUCCUGCUUCAAGUUUGGACCGGAAGGAGUCCGGGUGGCCGAGGCGGAGCCGUUGCCUGUGAAGCCCAGCUCAGAUGACGAUGAUGACGACGACGAUGACCUCUUCGGAUUUGCCGCUGGUGGCGACGAUGAUGAGGAUGAGGAGGACGACUAUGACAGCGAUACGGAUGCGGACACCGAUGACGACGAUGACACCGAGGACUAUGCUGAUGAUGACGAGGCCGAGGCCGAAGCGCCCGAGGAUGCUGAUUACGGCGGCUUCAGUUUGGCCGGACUUCUGGACGAGCUCGACGAUGACGAGGACGAGAAGCCGGUUAAGAAGCCAGCGGCUGCGCCUGCCGACCAAACCCGCGAGCAUGUGAUUGCCGAUGGCCAGGCGCCCGCGACCGCGACUACCACGAACGGCGACCAGGUGCAGAGCAAGGAUGAUACGGGAGCUCCUGCCGCCGGCGAGGUUGCUGCUGCUGCAGCUGCAGCACCUAUUGAGGGAGAAGUGGCCGCAGCGGUGACUCCGGCCACCACUGCCGCAGCCGAUGAGGACUCCACCACGCCCAAGUCCAAGAAGUCCAAGAAGGCGAAAAAGAACAAGAAGAAGAAGGCCGUCGCGGAGGCGCAGGACGAGACAGGAUUCGCCUACGAGCUCCUCAACGGCAUCCUGGAUUUUUUCAACUGAGCGGCCAGCGCGAGUUUGCCAACAUGCUGGGCAACAGUGUAAAUACCUUGUACCGCCGCAGCUGGUCGAAACAAAUCAAAGUAGUUCGUAGUUCGUAGGUCGUAGCGCUUA